AUGGACAAGUGGAACAUUGGGCCUUUUAAUUUCAAAACUUUGCCUCCUACGCAGAUACGAGAGGAAUGGUUGAAAUACAAGAGAAAUUUUCAGUAUAUCGCACUAGCGAACGAAGAGGAAGACCAAACAAAGCUAAAAUACAUUUUUCUCGCGAAAGCUGGUCCAGAUGUACAGGAAGUAUUCAGCUCGCUCCCGAGCGCUGAUGUUAUAGAAGACACGGAAAAAACUAUUAAACCAUUCGAAGUAGCUAUUCAACAUUUCGAUAAGUAUUUUGCACCGAGACACCACGAAACCUUCGAACGACAUAUAUUUUGGACCCUAAAACCGAGCACGGACGAGUCCUUGGAAAAGUUUUUACUUCGAGCAACUGAACAAGCAAGAAAAUGCAAUUUCGGAACAUCGAAAGACACGAGUAUAGAAAUCAGUGUCAUCGAUAAGCUAAUACUUUUGGCCCCUUCAGAUUUGAAGGAACAGCUGCUUCAAAAGGAAAAGCUGACACUGGAUGAACUUGGCAAAAUGGUAAACGCUUACUCAUCAGUGAAAUAUCAAGCAAGUCAGAUGACAAGCUCGAUACCCGGGAGCAACCUGAAUGCUCUCGAUGUGGCUGGAAAGGUCAUCAUGCAAGUGAUUCAAAAUGCCCAGCUAAAAAACAAAGUUUGCGAUAAAUGUGGCAAAACCGGACAUUUUGCAAAACGCUGUAGGAGCUCAUCUGGAACUAAGCGCACUGCUCACGAGCAACAAGCAACAGUGAAAAAGCGCCGUCGUAUUAAUGCAAUCGAUGUUUCUGCAAAAGACACCGACGAACAUACAUCGAACUUUAUUUACAGUAUUGGCGAAACAGAAGAAAUUAUUUGGGUUAAAGUCGGUGGAGUCUUAGCCCAGAUGAUGAUCGAUUCAGGAUCAUGUAAAAACAUAAUCGAUGAGCGAACAUGGCGCCAUUUGGUAGUACAGGGUUUAACGAUGAGAAAUGUAAGGAAACGUUCCGAUUUAACGUUCAAACCUUAUGGAUCACACGCAGAACCUCUGGAGGUACUGAGAGUUUUCGACGCGGAUGUAACAAUACAGGAUGCGGACAAACUUUUGAAGCAAUAA